AUGGCGGCGGCGAUCGCCUUCUCCUUCUCCUCCUCCUCCGCCUCCCUGCUGCGCCCGCGCUUGGCGCCGCUGAGGAGAUGGCGAGCCCUCUCGCGCCCGGCGCCGCGGGCCGCCUCCAGCACCAGCAGCUCCCCUCGCAGCGCCGCCAGUGAUGAAGCAACCAUUAUCUCAGGGACAAAGCUUGCUAAACAAGUUCUGAAAGAAGUUCAAAGGGAUGUAGAAUCGUGGAUAUCCUGUGGAAACAAGAGACCUCAUCUCACUGUCAUAUUAGUAGGAGACAAUCCAGCUAGUCAUAUCUAUGUCAGAAACAAGAUAAAAGCAGCUGCAGCUGUUGGCAUUUCUACUGAGAUCAUACUGCGACCAAAAGACAUUUCUCAGGAAGAACUCUUAGAUAUGACGGUAAAACUCAACAAGGAUUCAACAGUUAGUGGUUUAUUAGUUCAGCUCCCUCUACCAGAUCACAUAGAUGAACGGACGGUUUGUAACACUAUCGCACCUGAAAAGGAUGUGGAUGGAUUUCAUAUUAUGAAUAUUGGACGUCUGUGUCUUGAUCAGCCUUCUAUAAUACCUGCCACUGCUGCUGCUGUGUGGGAAAUGAUAAAACGUACAGGAAUACAAACAUUUGGAAAAAAUGUGGUUGUAGUUGGAAGAUCUAAGAAUGUUGGAAUGCCUAUUUCAAUGCUUUUACAUACUGAUGGAGCUCAUGAAAGGCCUGGAGGUGAUGCUACAGUGACCAUUACUCACAGAUACACACCAAAAGAGCAACUUAAGAUCCAUACACAACUCGCUGACAUUGUAAUAGUAGCUGCAGGUAUCCCAAAGUUGAUUACAACUGAUAUGGUCAAAGAAGGUGCAGCUCUGAUUGACGUAGGCAUCAACCAUAUCCACGAUCCUCUUACAGGAAAGACCAAAUUAGUUGGGGAUGUGGACUUUGAAGCAAUGGGGGCACUGAGCGAAGAGUCAGCUAUUACUGUUUCAUCCCUCAGCACAGACUUAUGGAAUAAUUGGACAAAAAACAACGCUGAAGUAGACUACACAGAGCAGCCAAAGCUCUUGAAGCUUAUGCAGACCUGUCUUGAAGAACACCACAGCUAUUGUAUCAAUGGGCUCUGUGCUUUCCACAGCGAAUUGAGGAAACCCAUAUGCAAGUGCCUUGCAGGUUAUAAUGGAGAGAGGUGUGAACAUUUAACACUAAAUUCAUAUGCACAUAAUUCUUACGAACGCUACAUUGCUGUGGGAAUUGGUGUAGGAAUACUGACAAGUGGGAUACUUGCUAUCAUCUACUGCUACGUAAGAAAGAGAUGCAGGAAGUUGAAAUCACCUUACAAAGUCUGCAUGGGUGAGACAGCGUUGUGAAGAUCUGGCGUUGGGACACUUACCAAUUUGCCUGUAAACGAGAGGAAGUUCUGCUGGGAAGGCCACCCCGCGCCAUCUGGCAGGUACCCCAGACUCGCUGAUGAGAUGAAAUAAAGGGAAUGACAGCGCAAGUACAUAAAAGGAACUCCUGCAGAACUGAUGGGCUCCAUUCACUUUUGAAGAAAGACUUCCUCUUUUUGGUUGCUAGAUGAGCAGAUGCGAACAGCUAAGGAUACU